AAAACAACACUUGUGCAGGAAGAAAGGAGAACAUCACCUAAUUUUUCAAUUUUCCUAUCAAGUUCAGAGGACACGGAAUAAAGAAUGGGAACUGCUGGAGUUCAGAUUGUAAGUGUGUCCCUCGGGGUCCUCGGCCUGAUUGGGGUCAUCGUAUGCUGCGCUAUCCCACACUGGAAAGUGUCCUCCUUCACAGGAACCAACAUCGUGACUGCAGUGAGCAAUGAGGAGGGUCUGUGGACAACCUGUGUGGUACAGAGUACCGGCCAGCAGCAGUGCAAGAAAUACGACUCCCUGCUGGUGUUGGCCUCUGACCUGCAGGCCGCCCGCGCCAUGACCAUCAUCAGCAGCAUGUUAUGCAUCCUCAGCAUCCUCAUGCUGUUCUGCGGGGCCGACUUCACCAUCUGCAUAGAGAACGAAGACGCCAAGCCCAAGAUCAGCCUGGUGGCCGGUGUGGGCCUGCUGCUGGCCGGCCUCUUGGUGAUCAUCCCCGUCAGCUGGUCCGCCCACAAUGUUGUGCAAAACUUCAAUAACCCCCUGGUGCACCCUAACUCGAAGAUGGAGCUGGGAGCGUGUAUCUUUGUGGGUUGGGGGGCCGGUGUGCUGCUCCUUCUGGCUGGAGGUCUGCUCUGCUGCUUCAGCAGGCCCAAAUCUGGCAGCUCCGGUGGAACCGCCAAGUACUACAGCAACAGCGCCGCCUCCGCCCCCAAUAAAAACUACGUGUAGUGGCUUCAUGAAGAGGACUGGUGUUUGACAUAAUUGAAGGGAGGGGGUUUUAGUUGGUGAAAGACUGGGGGGCAAGAAAGUAGAUGACACCAGGGGUUGUUUUUGGGAAAAACAGAAAAAGUGUCUGUAAAUACUGACCUGCCCUGCCUUUUUAGACCCCUUUUAGCCUCAUAUUUUACAAAUAGUUAAGA